AUGAACGGCUUUGUUCCGAGCGGCUACCAGCUGCCGCCGCAGCCGCCGUCAUCGAGCGUGUCGCCGGGAGCGUGGAUCGGUUCCACGGCCGUCUUCAUGUCCAUCUUCCUCUCCACCUUCCUCCUCUCCAUGGUGCUCGCCGUCUACUGCUGCCGCCUGUGCAGAGACCGCGUCCGCUCCGACGACGACGAGCGCGCGCGCGGCGGCGGCAGCCGAAGCGGUGUUUGCCCGUUCCCCGUCGAGGCGCUGCCGGCGGCGUUCGCUUACGCUGGCGGCAACUCCGACGACGACCGGCGGACGACGACGCACGGUGGCGGCGGCGGCGGCGGGCGCGAGUGCGCGGUGUGCCUGGGCGCGGUGCUGGACGGGGAGAUGGUGCGGCGGCUGCCGGCGUGCGAGCACGUGUACCACGCCGAGUGCAUCGACCGGUGGCUGGCCGCGCACCGGACGUGCCCGCUGUGCCGGUCGGAGCUCGAUCCGGGCAAGGUGGCGGCCGGGCCGCCGGCUCCGGCUGAUUAG